AUGUCCAAACUAGCAAACGCUUUUGAACAGCAACAAGAAGAGUACAUCCGUAGACCACCUCUUCAUUUGCGCACAUCGAAAAGCUCCACCAUAAGACACAAUCUCCUCUUAUCGCCUACCAGAACAACCAGCGGUUCUUUGCGUGGAGGUCCAACCAGCAACAGCAGAAGAAGAACAAACAGUUUACACACAGCAUCGCAUCUCAAGAAGGAAAAGGACCUCAAACUGCUGCCAAGACUAGAAGAGGAGAAUGCCAGUCUACCACCGCAGGAUUCUGUAGAGUUCAUUCUUGCUCAGAUUGAAAGACAAAAUGCAAAGCUAGACGAAGAUCCAAAGUCAGUGUGUAUUCAGUCAAAUCAACUCAAAUGCCACUUGUCUACGAUUCAAAACCUGGCUGUAACUUUGCCGGAUCAAGACGACGCUGCUGAAAAAGACAACAUCGAUUGGGAAUUUUGGACCGCACUGACGGAAGAUUUUAGUGCAGUGGCACUCAAGUUACCUCACCUCGUUUCAGCUAAAUUACGAGCUGGCAUUCCCGCCAAAGUGAGAGGUGUUAUUUGGCAGGCCAUGUCGCAAUCUGCUUCCUUGAAUCUGGAAACAGUCUAUGGACAGUUGGUCGUGGAGCAUUCGCCUUAUGAGCGUAUCAUUCAGCGUGAUUUAGCGAGAACGUUUCCUGGCAUUGAAAUGUUCAAGCAAGAAGGUGGUACAGGGCAACAAGCGUUGGAAAGAGUAUUGAAAGCAUACAGCUUGUAUGACUCUUUAGUGGGGUAUUGUCAAGGUUUGGCAUUCUUGGUUGGACCUCUGUUAUUGAAUGUAGAGUCUCCCUAA